UAUGUGUGUGAGGAUUUCUGACCAUAAUUUAGACGCAUAGUUGUUUUGCUAAAUCCAUUGUAAAUCAGUGAGCGUCUUCUCUCUCCAGUACAGUAGGAGGCGCUGCAGCUCUUUAGUCCGCCGAUAAACUCACUAAAGAAAGAAAGAAAGAAAGAAAGAAAGAAAGAGCGCACUUGUGAUGUGUUUGUGUAUCCUCUCAGCUUCUCUUGAGUGUAAACAGAGUCUUGCCUCUGAGGAUUUUAGCGUUGAUGAUGAGUAAACAGAGCUUACAUGAGGAUCAAACCUCCACAGAGUCUCUGGAUUCUGUCUGUACCGCUGGAGAACAACAGCAGAUCCUGCAGACCAAACUGAAGAUGUGUUCAGUCAAACUCAUCGACUGCAGGGACAUCAUGAUGAAAAUAAAAACUAAACCCACAAAAGAGAAAGAUCACACUAAGGCAUCAGAUGUGAAGAGUGAUUCAUGUUUGGAUACAGAAAUAAUGUCCUCAACAUCAAAAGAGCGACUGACGGCACAAACUUUUUCCUGCAUCACCUGUGGAAAGACAUUCAGCUUAAAGAGAUAUUUAAAGACACAUGAGAAGAAACUUCAUUCAGAAGAGCACAGAGAGAAAAAGAAGCAGCAGUUUCCCUGUGAGCAGUGUGGGAAGAUUUGUUGCAAUAAAUUUAAUCUAGAGGGUCACAUGAGGACACACAGUGGUGAAAAGCCUUUCUACUGCACUGAAUGUGGAAAUUACUUCAGAGUCAAAGGAACUCUUAAAAGACAUCAGAAAAUUCACACUGGAGAAAAACCUUACAAAUGCUCUCAGUGUGACAAGACGUUUGCAAAUUUAGGUCUCUUAAAAGUCCACCAAAGGCAUCAUACUGGAGAGAAACCUUACGCUUGUGCUCACUGUGGAAAGCGCUUCUCUACUUCAUCUCAAUGUGUAGUUCAUAAAAGAGUUCAUACUGGAGAGAAACCUUAUCACUGUAGUGUUUGUAGGAAGAGUUUUAGUCAACUGAAAAACAUGCAAAGGCACAAGAGAAUUCACACGGGUGAAAAACCUUUCCAAUGCUCUCAAUGUGACAAGAUGUUUGCUAAUUCCAAUCACUUAAAAGCACAUCAGAGAGUUCACACAGGAGAGAAACCUUACCACUGUAGUGUCUGCGGGAAGAGUUUUAGUGGACACAGUUCCUUACUAAAUCACAAGAGAAUUCACACGGGUGAAAAACCUUUCAAAUGCUCUCAGUGUGACAAGAUGUUUGCUCAAUCCAAUCACUUGAAAGCACAUCAGAGGGUUCAUACUGGAGAGAAACCUUAUCACUGUAGUCUCUGUGGGAAGAGUUUUAGUGAAAAUGCUAGCUUACAAAGGCACCAGAGAAUUCAUACAGGUGAAAGACCUUUCAAAUGCACUCUGUGUGAAAAGACUUUUUCUCAUUUAGGUUACUUAAAAGCCCAUCAGAGAGCUCAUACGGGAGAAAAACCUUGUCAAUGUAGUGUCUGUGGGAAGAGUUUGGGUCAUAAGUCUGCCUUACUAAUUCACCAGAGAAUUCAUACAGGUGAAAAACCUUACAAAUGCUCGCAGUGUGACAUGACGUUUACUCAUUUAGGUUCCUUAAAAUCCCACCAGAGAGUUCACACUGGAGUAAAACCUUACUUAUGCACUCAAUGUGACAAGAGCUUCUCUAAUUCAUCUCUAUUCAGAGUUCAUCAAGAGAAAGUUCAUACUGGAGAGAAACCUUUAUCCUCUCAGCUUCUCUUGAGUGUAAACAGAGUCUUGCCUCUGAGGAUUUUAGCGUUGAUGAUGAGUAAACAGAGCUUACAUGAGGAUCAAACCUCCACAGAGUCUCUGGAUUCUGUCUGUAACGCUGGAGAACAGCAGCAGAUCUUGCAGACCACACUGAAGAUAUGUUCAGUCAAACUCAUCGACUGCAGGGACAUCAUGAUGAAAAUAAAAACUAAACCCACAAAAAAGAAAGAUCACACUAAGGCAUCAGAUGUGAAGAGUGAUUCAUGUUUGGAUAUAGAAAUAACGUCCUCAACGUCAAAAGAGCGACUGACAGCACAAACUCUUUCCUGCAUCACCUGUGGAAAGACAUUCAGCUUAAAGAGAAAUUUAAAGAGACAUGAGAAUAAUCUUCAUUCAGAAGAGCACAGAGAGAAAAAGAAGCAGCAGUUUCCCUGUGAGCAGUGUGGGAAGAUUUGUUGCAAUAAAUUUAAUCUAAAGGUUCACAUGAGGACACACAGUGGGGAAAAGCCUUUCUACUGCACUGAAUGUGGAAAUUACUUCAGAAUCAAAGGAAGUCUUAAAAGACAUCAGAGAAUUCACACUGGAGAAAAACCUUACAAAUGCUCUCAGUGUGACAAGACGUUUGCUCAUUUAGGUCACUUAAAAGUCCACCAAAGGCAUCAUACUGGAGAGAAACCUUACGUUUGUGCUCACUGUGGAAAGCGCUUCUCUAGUUCAUCUCAAUUUAUAGUCCAUCAGAGAGUUCAUACUGGAGAGAAACCUUAUCACUGUAGUGUUUGUAGGAAGAGUUUUAGUCAACUUGAAAACUUGCAAAGUCACAAGAGAAUUCACACGGGUGAAAAACCUUUCAAAUGCUCUCAGUGUGACAAGAUGUUUGCUCAAUCCAGUCACUUAAAAGCACAUCAGAGAGUUCACACAGGAGAGAAACCUUACCACUGUAGUGUCUGCGGGAAGAGUUUUAGUGAACAGAGUUCCUUACGAAAUCACAAGAGACUUCAUAGAGGUGAUAAACCUUUCAAAUGCUCUCAGUGUGACAAGACGUUUACUCAUUCAUGUUACUUGCAAACCCAUCAGAGAGUUCAUACUGGAGAGAAACCUUAUCACUGUAGUCUCUGUGGGAAGAGUUUUAGUGGACAGGCUAGCUUACAAAGUCACAAGAGAAUUCAUACAGGUGAAAGACCUUUCAAAUGCACUCAGUGUGAAAAUACUUUUUCUGAUUUAGGUUACUUAAAAGCCCAUCAGAGAGUUCAUACGGGAGAGAAACCUUAUCAGUGUAGUGUCUGUGGGAAGAGUUUUGGUCAAAAGUCUACCUUACUAAGGCACCAGAGAGUUCAUACAGGUGAAAAACCUUUCAAAUGCUCGCAGUGUGACGUGACGUUUACUCAGUUAGGUUCCUUAAAAUCCCAUGAGAGAGUUCACACUGGAGUAAAACCUUACUUCUGCACUCAAUGUGACAAGAGCUUCUCUAAUUCAUCUCUAUUCAGAGGUCAUCAAGAGAAAGUUCAUACUGGAGAGAAACCUUAACACUAUAAUGUUUGUAGGAAGAGUUUACCUCCACCAUAAAACAAACCCUAAACAAACUCUAACAAAAGGUUUCUCAGCUGUUUUUGUAGUAUUAGAUGUCCCUAAUAACAUACUAAAAGUUUACCAAAGUUUGACCACUUGAAAGGUGUAAUUUUCAAUCUUUGUUUCCAACCACCUGACUACCUGCCCGCUAGAUCCUAUAACCACCCAUCUCCUUCAGGCCAUUACUCCAUUGGUUAUCCCUGCUCUCACACACACAACCAACUCAUCUCUUUCCACUGGUACAUUCCCCACAGCUUUUAAAGAGGCCCGGAUGCUGAAGAAACCCACAAUUAAUCCUGCAAUGUUAGAAAACUACAGACCGGUAUCUCUCCUUGCCUUCAUUGCCAAGACUCUUGAGCAUGUGGUUUUAGACCAGCUCUCCUCCUUCACAGAAAAUAACCUCCUAGACAGCAACCAGUCUGGUUUCAAGAGCGGUCACUACAAUGAAACUGUGCUGCUCUCAGUCAUGGAAGCUCUAAGGCAGACAAGGGCAAAUAAUCUGUACUGAUCCUACUGGAUCUAUCCAUCACUGUUGACAUUGUCAAUCCCCACAUCCUCCAGUCAACCCUCAAGGCUAAGGUUGUCUCUGACACGGCGCUACUACAGUUCAGGUCUUACCUCUCAGGGAUGCAAUUUAGAGUAUCCUGGAGAGGUGACGUCUCUGAACCCCAAUGUCUAAAUACCGGGGUACCUCAAGGCUCUGUGCUUGGACCACUGCUCUUUUCUAUUACAUUGACAUGACAUUCCUGGGUUAUAUAAUUCGGAAAAGUGGCUUUUCCUACCUCUGCUAUGCAACUCUGGAUGAAGGAUUAUCAUCUCCAGCUGAACUUUGCAAAGACAAAACUGCUUGUCAUAUCGUCUGGCCCUAAGAUUUAUCACAAUCCUUUUUAUUCAACUUGGUUCCUUGACCAUUAUGCCUUUUAGGACAGCCUGGUCAUUGAUGGUCAUCUUAGCUUCACGGAGCAUGUUGCCAGCCCCACCAGCUCUUGUAGAUCAUCCUCUACAACAUUAGUAAAAUAGUAGACCUUUUCUAUCUGAGCAUGCUACACAAGUUCUAGUCCCAGGCUAUUGUAGGGGUGGGCUGUAUGAGCAAAAAUUCAUAUCAAGGUAUUUUCCACUCUUCAGCCGGUAGCGGUAUGUUGCCUCCUCGUUUUCUGUUUACACUUCUGGCCCUUGGGGUCUAUAUGACCCCAAAAUUGAAAGCAUAAUUGUAAGAAAAAUAUACAUUUUCAAUAAUACAAAUAAUAUAUAAUUUUUUUGUUUACUUCUCAUCUAUACAAUAAAGCUGUGUUUUGAGAGAUUUGAAGUACUUUUGUACCGGUUUACCACUAAAAUCCUCAACUACACCAUUGGCUUGCCUGAAAAAUUCACAUAAAUUAUGAUCUAAAUUUGAUUCAAAUUGUUUUUAGAUAUUGAUAUAGGUGUGAGGUGUGAAAUUCAGGCAUUGGUUUUUAGAAAAAAACAUAAAAGAAUUACAGUGUAGUAGUGUUGCUUUCGUCAACGAAAAGUAUGACGAAAUAUAGUCGUCAACGAACCUUUUUCACGUGACGAAAACGAGACGAGACGUAACGAAAAUGCUGGUCAUGUGACGAUGACUAUAAUAAAAUGUAUAAUGCAAUAUUGUUGACGAAUAAAAACGAGACUAAAAGUGGUUUACAAAAUAAAAACUAAGCUAAAAUGUCUCUUCAUUUUCGUUGGCCAAAACGAGACGAGACGAAAUGUUAUAACGUUAUUUCGUCUUUUACCCAUCUCAGCAUCUCCGCGCCCCCACCACCUGACUGCAGGUGAUCGCGUGUGUUGUUGGCGCUGCGUAGAUCAAUCAAAACAUGAAAGUACCGCGAGAGUGAGUAGAAAGCAUGCGGAGCAGUCUGCUUUCGCGAUGCUUUGAUAUCAUACGCCUCCAUUUGCACGUUAAUGGGCAUUUCAAACAGUGUACGCGGCAACCGCGAGACAUGCGGAAAGCGGAGAAACGGGGGCGGUUACAGAGAGGUGAAGCGGAGUUGGUCCACAAGCCUUGCUCGUGCACCUAAGAUCCUAUCCCUUUUACAGACACGACUCUUCAUGGCAGUCGUUGUUGAAGAUAAACACAUUUCCACUAAAUGCUGCACAAAACGCUUCCACUGCAUGAGAAAAGCUGUAGCCACGCGAUGAUUCCGACCGGGAAGAUGCAGCAUUCUGGCUCCAAAUGUAAAAGAAAAGUCCAAAAUAAAUCCCGUGCAUCACUUUCAGGUCAGUUCAACAAGCCUGUUGAAAUCUAUAGCUUUGAUUGCUGACACCACCAGUAUAACAAUGUACAAAUUUAUAUCAUGUAACAGUUGUUUAAAUGACAUUGUGCUGCUUGCGUUUUGAAACAUUGUAAAUAUAUCUAUGCUAAAGACAUUCGUUGUUUUGUAUAUGCUUAAUAACUACACUUAUUUAUUAUUUAAAUAAACAAAACAUACUUCGCUGAAUACUUGAGUAUUAAAUCAAUCAAACACCUGUACUGUUGAGAACAUAACCAUACAUACCAACUUUGCUUUUCUUAAUAGACAUCUGAUGUUUUCUUAAAGCUGACUUUUAAUUUACUUACAAGAAAAACAUUUAGUAAUUCUCCAAAAUUGCUUGGAUUUAUACUGACAUUUAAGAUCAGCUUUGUCACAUUAGAUUAAGCCAAAGUCCAUUAGGUACACUGGUGGUAACGUAGAGAUGCAGAAAUAUAAACUAUAAUAAUAUAUAAUUACAUAUGUAUGAUUGUAGUUUGUGCUGCUGUCAAAAUACAAUUAUAAAUGUUAACAAUAGCAUAUUUCUAUUCUCACACAUACUAUAGUUGUGUGUGACCCAUUUGACCUUGUGUGUGUGUGUGUGUGUGUGUGUGUGUGUUUGCUUAGACUACUUUUGUUUUGAUUAUGUAGACUUUUAUGUAGACUCUUACGAACAGUCAAGUCACUCACUCAGAGGAUAGUAAAAUAAAUAUCUAUUCAAAUCAGAGCAUCUUCCAUGUCUGGAAUGGAUGUAUUCUUGGGUCUAUAAGGUAACAAUAAUAUAACUUUUGUUUGAAAUGGGUUUGGCUAAAAGAAAAUAUUGUUUUGUCUAUAAUACUAUUAGGUCAUUAUACUAUAUGGGUUAAAUAGAAUGCAUUACUAAAAAGAGACUAAAUACAAUUUCACUGACUAAAACUGGACUAAAAUGUCAUCAGUUUUCGUUGACUAAAACUAGACUAAAAUAGUAAUGGAUAAGUCUGACUAAAAUAAGACUAAAAUGGCAAGAAUUUUAGUCGACUAAAACUUGACUAGACUAAAAAGAGUAUGACGUGACUAAAACUAAUAAAAACUAAAAUGACAGCUUGACACAAAGACUAGACUAAAACUAAAAUGAAAACAGGCUGCCAAAAACAACACUACAGUGUAGGAAUUAAAUCAUUUCGACCGUCAGAUUCCCAUAGAGACCCAUUCAUUUUCCUAGAUAUGGACAACUGCUCAAAUCAUUACUUUUGUGAUACAUUUUGUAAAUAUAUGUUUAUAUAAACAUUAGAAAGGAUAUUAAAAAUAAAUAUUAUUUCAAAUAGUCAUUUUUUAUAGUUUUGAUGCAUUUUGAAAUGUCUGUUUUUAC